GGCUGAGCUGAGCUUCCUCCGAGAGGAAGCCGCAUACUUCUGUGUUCCAGGCGAGCUCGCGAGACAUCGCGAAAGCGAGGAGUUCACCCGUUCCUUCUCCGCCGUUCUUCGUUACGUAUCACAUCCGAGUGACGAGCGCGAGUGAUGGGGAAGACGAGGACGGGCAAGGCCGCCAUCGCGUGCACGGCGGUGGCGUUCGUUCUGGUGGUGAUCGCGUUCACCACACCCAACUGGCUGGAGACCGACGGGAAGCUGGACAAUCCGCAAUUCGUCAAGAUCGGUCUCUGGCAGGUAUGUUUCCAAGGAUUUCAGGAUCCACGUCAUCUCUAUGACACGAGAUUCUAUGGCUGCUGGUGGGUGUUCGAGGAGGAGUAUUACAUCAUACACGACAUACUUCUGCCCGAUUUCUUCGUCGCCACGCAGUUCUUCUUCACGCUGUGCAUGACCCUGUUGCUGAUCGGAAGUUUCCUGACCAUUUUGUACACCUGCUGCUCGCGCCUGCACGACAAGUAUCAGCUGCUCCUGUGGGCGACCGGCGGCAACUUGACUCUGGCGGGGGUGUGCGGCGUUAUAGCCGUGAUUAUAUUCGGCGCCAGAGGCGACGGCAGGGAUUGGAUGCCCAAUUGGGAGCACAACGACAUCAGUUGGUCCUUCGCCUUGGCGGUCGUGGGCAGCGUGGUCCUGAUCGCCGCUGGUAUCCUCUUCCUGAUCGAGGGACGUAGGCACAGGAAGAAGCAGGAGCGAAUAUUGAACGAGGAGCAAAAAACGCACACGACCAUUUAGCAUAUCUUUACGUCGUAAUUUCUAACGCCGAGCGGACAAACAUUCGCGAGCAUCAAAUAAUCGCGAAGAAAAAAAGCGCAAAUCUUAUCCAUUGAACACGCAUCACGCGGAUAAAUCUUUGAAGACUAAUAAUUUUAUAUUGUUACACAUUUACUCAUCGUAACAUUCUAUAGGAUCUGUCGAUAUAUUAUCUAAAGAGUAUAUAUACGAUUUUAAAUAUAUAGACUAGGAUACGCGAAGCCAUGGAUUAUCCUUGCGUCGAAAAAAUGUUUAAAUUAUAUAAAAUAUUUUCUAUAAAAAAAAAGGGGAAGAAAUGCACAAUUUUGGAGUAGCUAGACAAAUGAAGUAGCUAGAUUUUAUGCAUCGUAAGUGCUAUUAAAUGUGUUCUAUGUGGCGCACAUAUCUGAAAACAAUCCGUCCAUUUAUCCAUAUAUUGUUUUCUUUUUAUUAAAAAAAAAAGAAACGUAAGGUCUAAUUUUAUACAUGUACAUAAGUUCUAUAUAGAUAUAUUAAUGUUGCGAGAGAUGUGAAUCUCCCACUUGUAUACCGUAAUACACGGAUAUAAUAAAAAUAAUUUUUCCUAAUUA